AUAAGAGCGCUUUUUCCUGCGAUCCCAGGAAAUGGACUGAGAAAUAUGGCGUCGCACAGGGGAGACAGAACGAAAAACCUCACAUCAAAUGCUGGAGAUGUUUCCAAAAUCGACCUUCUGCUUCACCCAGAGCUCCUUUCUCAAGAGUUCAUUCAGCUCAUGUUACAUGAGAGGAAGAUAGCAGUGGGUAAUCAUGAGGACCGUGACCAACUGACAGGUCUGUACCUGCGGCAUGUCCUCCCUCUCCCGCAGAGAGAUCUGCCCAGCAGCCGCUGGGGGAAGAGGAUGGAGAGGAGCAGCGCGCGGCAGAGCUGCACGAGCGCGCACAGUUCAAGCACUGAUAGUGGCAGGAAGAGGCCGUUGAUUGUCUUUGACGGCAGCUCUACUAAAACUGGCAGUGUGAAGCUGAAGAAACCUGAUACUUCAGCAGCACCUGUCGCCACAGACCGAAUAAAGCCCCCAGUUUCUAGUAUCAGUCUCACAAACCCCAUACGCAAGCUCUCUGGGACCUCUACAAACUGCUCUUCCUCAAAUUCCUCUAACAGGACCCCAGUGUCAUCGCCGGGGGCCAGUCCCAAAAGCCCCUGUAAUCACUCGAACACUGCCAACUCCUCGCCACAUUCAAACAAUACCACGUCUAAGCUAAAGCGCACGUCCCCCAGCGAUGGAGAACAUGACACUGCUAAGGACAUUAAGUCACCUGAUGCAAAGAAAAAGAUUCAACAUAUCACAUGGCCAUAAUCUCUGAUGUCAUCAAGGACAGAUGAAUAACGCCAUUGACGUCAUCUGCUGGGUCUCUGUGUUGGCCAAGAAAGACACUCAUGAUGAGACAAGAUUGGUUCUUAUCACGCCUCAAGUUGUCACUCUCACCUUUACUUACCAGCCUCAGGAAAAGUGACGUGUGCAGUGUGACCCUCCUGUUCAUUUCACAACCAGGAAAUGCUUUGGCUUUAGGCUUGGUGUAGUGGUGAAGGAACUGACACAUUCCUAGCAGUUUUAUGUUGGACUGAUAAGAGUUUCCCUUUAGAAAUCUUUCUUGCAAUUAAUAAACUUUUCAGUGCACGUGAAUCAUGUUGAUAAAUCAAACCCACCUAGAGGAAAUAGAUGGACAUGCUCUUGAUGUGUUUUAGAGAUGUCUGCUGUGUUUUACUGACAUAGGAAUAUACUGAGUAACUGAAGAAAUCACUCCUUUCUCCAAUAAAGUGUUUGCAAGUUGAUCUGUGAUUUGGAUCGGAAUAGGCCCUUCCAAGUGGUUUGGCCAAUGUCAGGUAAAUCCCUUGAUAAUUUUGUAUUUAUAGCCCCCAUAAUGCAGUUGUGAUGUGUGUUGCAUCAUGCACUAUGUAUUUAAGUAAGAAGCAAAGUGAAGGGUGUUUCACAUGUCAGUGUUUUAGUGAAGGUUUUUCUAGGCAUUAUGAAUUGAGUUUUUAUUGAACUGCAUGGAAUGUUUCUCACUGACAACCAGCCUGAUGAAAUAAACGGCUGAGAUGAUU